AUGCCAGCACUACUCUCAUGGGAGGAUGUGGAGUUGAUUGCAGAGUUGUCUCGGUGUCCUCCUGCAACACACCCGACCAUCUGCCAGCACAGUCAUCACAACAAGUACCGCUCCAUAUCUGGUCUCUGCAACAACAGGUAAGUCCACUCAAUUCACUCUUUCAAAGCGAAAUAAUCACAUUAUCAUAGUUAGACUGUAAAUCAUCCGAGUAAAGAUAAUGAUUAAAGCAAAUUUGAUCUCAAACCAGUUUUAAUUUCAGUGGAAUGAAAAUUAUUUAAAAUAAAUGAAAAUAAAUAUUUGAAUUUACUGUUCAUAGGAGUUUAAUCUAUAUCAAUAAAUACCCUUUAUUUAACCAGGUAAAAAACAGUUAUGUGUGUGUUGAGGAUUAGAAUAAGUCUGACAAGAAAGAUGCUAGAGCAAUCGUGAGUGUGCAGGCUAAAGAGCUAAUGACUGCUGGGUUAAAAAGGAAGAGAUGCCUCUCAAAUCUAAAACUCAGUGACAGUUGGGCGGAAAGCAAAUGCUGAUCUGCUCACAGAAGGUGUUUCCUGUUUUGCAUUGUUGUAAGUUGGGCACAAUUCAUGAGUGUUUUUGUCAGGCAAAAUCCUCUCUGGGGAGCAGCCAAUACUCCUUUGGUGAGAUGGCUUCCAGCUGAGUAUGAAGAUGGAGAGAGGGAACCCAAGGGCUGGAACAAAGGAAGGCUUUACAAUGGAUUCCAGCUUCCCCUGGUAAACUGUACUACUUGUAUACUGCUUUGAUACAGAUUAAAUAAACAUCACAGUUUAAACAGAAAAAAGUGUGUCAGAGAUUAUAUUUCUAAAAAGAUAUUUGCACUGAGGUGUGAUUUUUGGUACAGGUGCUUUAGUGGAGGAAAUUAUUCCAAAAGUGUAGCUGUUUUCUUUCAUUAAUAAUUUAUUUAAUUAAAUGCCUAUAUUUAAUUAUUUUUAUUUAGGUGGCUGUGAAACAGACUGAAAUACUGAUACCAUUUAUUAUUAUUUUUUAUUUAUUUAUUUAACAACAAAACAGAGUGACGACAACAACAGAAACAACAACAACAACAAAGAGAUAGAAAAUAAAAAAAUUACAAAAAUACUUUUGUGAGGGAGGGGCGGGGGAAAGAAUUUAUAUAAUAUGUAAAAGAGAAUUUAAAAAGAAAAGAAAAAUAAUAUUAAUUGGAUUACUGAUGCCAUUUAUAUGAUCAACAACAGUGAACAAAUUACUUCUCUCUGUAAGCCGGUUGUUCGGUUUUGUGCCUGAAAUGCUGUUGUGGUAGAUGUCUGUUGAGGAAGAGAACAUCACUGCUCUCCACAGCAGACAUUUACAUUGAGCAAUGUGUUUUAUUUUAAGUACAACUAAAAACAUGGAAUAUAAGUGCAGUGGGUAAAAUAAGUAUUGAACACAUCACCACUUUUCUCAGUAAGAUGUUUCUAAAGUUGCUACAGACAUGAAUUUUUUAUCAGACGUCUGUAACAACCCGUGCAACACACAUAUGCAAAGAAAUCAAACCUUUAAUGUCCAGAAAUUAAGUUAUGUGUUAAAACAUGGAAUAUUGUGAAUAAAUCACACAUUGUCAACUAAUGUUGUGUCAUUGUAAUCCAAAAUAACAAAUCCCUCUGUCUCAACAGCCAAGAGAGGUCAGCACGAGAAUACUGAGAAGCUCUUCAAAACGGGAGGAUGAUCUCUACUCUCAUAUGCUGGUGGAGUGGGGCCAGUAUAUUGACCAUGACAUUUCAUUUACCCCUCAAAGUACUGGAAACACUUUCUUUGGCAUGGACUGUCAGGAUACAUGUGAAAACAUGCAUCCAUGCUUUCCCAUACUAGAGGUAAACUAUGAAGACGUCACCCUCAAUACAUGCUUGCACAAUUUGUCUUUCUCAGUUUUUGAUAUGGAUAUUAUAAAGGUAUCCUAACGAUUUUAGAAGAUGAUUUAUUUCAUUUAUUCUUAAAGUUAGAAAAGAGGAUCUCCAACAGCUUGGGUCACAACUUUGCUCAGCUCGGUUAAACACACAGACUGACCUGAAAGUCUUUGUUGACUGCCCAGACAGCCAAUGUAGAUUGACACUGGUCUUAUUGAAUAGACUUAGACUAGCUUUUUUCCACUGUUUCCACAAAGUGCCCGGAUAAGAUUGACAACCAGUUACAGCAGAGAAGUGAUUCAUGCAAACCGUAUCAUGCAUACCUUCUAAAAGAUUUAACUUCUUUUAACCUAAUGAUUCUAAUGAUAUGAUCAAAAUAUUGACAAAUAACGAACAAACCUGUUUUCUUUUCUCUACAGCCAAGUGUGACUGGUGAAAAACACUGCAUGCCAUUCUUCCGUUCCAUUCCUGCCUGUUUUGUCAAUUUUGAUAUCCAGCAAGCUCUGCAGAGACAACAGAUGAAUUCCAUCACAUCAUUCAUUGAUGCUUCCGUUGUGUACGGCAACACUCCAAAACUGGAGAGUUACCUCCGUGACCUCUCAGGUCGUAACGGAAAACUUGCUAUUAACAGCCAAUUCAAGGAUCCUAAAGGGAGAUCCUACCUCCCUUUUGUGCCAACUCUGCCAUCAAUCUGUCGCCAGGGUCCAGAUGGACAGAGAGUAGACUGUUUUAGUGCUGGAGACAGUCGUGUCAAUGAGGGUCUCCCUCUGGCUAUUGUGCAUACUCUGUGGCUAAGGGAACACAAUCGGAUUGCAGAGGCACUGAAACACAUAAACAGUCACUGGAGUCCAGAAACUAUAUAUCAAGAAACUCGGAAAAUAAUCGGAGCUCUGCACCAGGUAUGCAACCAAUAACUUGAAUAAUUUUACAAAUAACAAACAAAAAACAAACAUUUAGGGUUGAAUAUUGCAAACUCAGAAGCACACAUCAGAUAAACACAAAAAUAAAAAAGCAGUGUUAGAAAAAACAAUUUUCUGAAUAAAAUUUUAUACACCUUGCAUAUUUUUUCACAAAUGUUGCAAUUCAAAACAUUUCCUGUGAACAGCUAUACUAAGCUGAGCCAGCAGACACUGUUGCAGAAUCGACUGCAACACCAUCACCUUACUAAAAAUAACCUCAUAUAUAUUUGAUGCCAUAAAAAAAUCUAUCAAACAAUAAUUCAAUCAAUGGAUCAAUCAGUCAUUUAUUUAUCCAUCCAUUUUCAUUUAUUCAGGGCCGAUCAAAAGCAAAUCUUAUUUCGAGUUGCUAUACAAAAUGAGAAUAUAGCAAGCCAUAUUUUUUUUGUAAGGACUCAAACUGUUCAAUCCCUUUGUCAUUGAUGAACUAUCAAAAUAUGAUCAACCCCAUGUCUCAAACAAACUUCCCUUUGUAUUUGGGGUAAUGUCCAGGUCAUUCCUUAUUUCUCUCAAUAAGUUCAUUACAGUAAAUCUUUAAUUCCUUCUUACUUUUGUACCAGACCCUUCAGUGUGUUUUCAAUCCAUUCAUGAUCUUCUUCUUCUGUCCGGUAAACUUUGAUAAUCCAAGAACUAAAUAUGUCCAAAUGAGUCAUAAUCAUACUCAUGUUACUAGAAAUUCUGUAGGCAGUGCUUUGUGAUAUGUUCAUAUAUAGAUAUAACUAUUAGGUUUGCAUUCCUCUGAGAUUUUAUUAAGUUCUGGAUUUUGGGGGGGCUUUUUAUGUUCCUCCCUCUCUUCUUUGCCUUUCAGAUAAUUACCAUGAGAGAUUAUCUUCCAAAAAUUAUUGGCUCAAAAUCCUAUGAACAGUACAUCGGGCCCUAUAGGGGAUACAACCCAACUACCGACCCAUCAGUCUCCAAUGUGUUCGCCAGCGCUGCGUUCAGGUUUGGCCAUGCCACAAUCUCUCCGAUUGUCAAGAGAUUUAACGGGAGCUACCAGGAACAUGAGCAGUUCGCCCACUUGAGACUCCAUACUUCUUUUUUCAGUCCCUGGAGAAUAGUCAGAGAAGGUCAGUAUAAUCUAAUGAAGCUUCACAUCAGAACACUUAAGUGGUCUGCAAGUACAUUAAAUACUCAGUAAAAGAAAGAUAGCAUGUAGAUCAGAUUCAGAAUAAGAAGUCUUCUGCAGUGUAACAAGAAAUUUGUUCCAUGCAAUUCAGCUGAUAGUAAGACAGUUGAACAGGUUUGUUAGCAGAGGAGAGAGCAAUCCUGGAUCAAUAUGUCAUACUUAAUCCAUGCAUUUGUUGGUUCAUUUAAGUGAUUGUUAAAAUAGUACAUUUUGUCAUAAAAUUUUUUGUCAAAAUCAUCAUUAUUAUUUUUCUUUUACAACAGCAAUACAAAUAAAAACAUGUUUAAUUUAUAUAAAAAAUACAAAAGAUGUAUCACAUAUUCAAAAUAGAAUAGUUUUUGUUUUUAGGUGGAAUUGAACCAAUCUUAAGAGGUACAACUGGAUCUGCAGCACAAGCUGUAAGCGCAGACAUGCUUUUGACGGAUGAACUAACAGAGAGGCUAGUAGUCCUUAAAAUGCCACACCGUAUGGACCUUGCAUCGCUAAACCUGCAAAGAGGACGAGAUCAUGCGCUUCCUGGUGAGUGUCCUUUAAAAGUCCUUCAAGUCCUUUGGCUCUUCUCAGGGGUGUGCCAACUGUUGGGGAUAGGUUGCAUGGUGGAUAAUCUAAUGUUAUGUUUUGAUAAGAAAGCAGAAGCAUGAAACUAAAAUGGGCUGUCUCAUUCAUCCAGGUCAUGGUUAUAUCAUUUUUGGUUCAAGGGGCAACUGGACCUGCUAAAGGUUCUUGAAGAUGUGUCGCCUAUAAAAUUCUGAAUCCAUGCCCAAGCAGCCUUGUUCAUUCUGGCCGUUUGGCUUCUCUUUUCUGUCGACGUGCUCUCUAAAGCAGAUCUAAAUUCUGUUUCACUGUGCAGUGUGGCUCCAGCAUAACAUCAGAUAAAACGGCCAAAUGUGAAUGUAUUAUUGUUACAUUAUAUUCUAAUUAAAUAUUUUUUUAGGAUACAAUGAUUGGAGAGCCUUCUGUGGAAUGCCGACCAUAAAAACAUUGGAUGAUUUAAAGGAAGUUGUGAGUGAUCACAAAAUUGCUAAGAAGAUACUGAAAGUAUACAAACAUCCUGAUAAUAUUGAUGUGUGGCUCGGGGGACUUGUUGAAAAUUUGCUGCCAGACUCAAGGACUGGUCCCCUCUUUGCUUGCCUGAUAGGAAAGCAGAUGAAAACACUCCGUGAUGGUGAUAGGUACGUUGAUAUUAAAAAUGGAUCAUUAUUGGAAUCUUUGGCUAUAAAUCACUUGACGUCCGGGAUUAAAAAGUGAAAUUAAAAAAUUGUGUAAAAAAAGAGAUUUCAUAGAAUACCAAUGAAGAUUACUAAAUUAAUGAAAAUCUGAAAUAAUUAGGAGUUCAUCUUUUUCAGAUUUUGGUGGGAGGCUGACGGCAUGUUCAGCCAGCAACAGAAGAUGGAGCUUUUAAAGGGGUCACUCUCACGGGUCAUUUGUGAUAACAGCAAUGUAAAGGAAGUACUCCCUGAUUCCUUUAGGUUCAGGAAAUAUCCCUCUGGUUACCUCCCUUGUGAGCAUAUACCAUCAAUGAACUUGGAAGCUUGGAGAGAGGAAAGAAGCCAAGGUGGGUUUUAGACACUGUCAGGCUCUAUGAAGUCCUUACUCAUUCCUUUGAAUCACAAUGACACAUUAAUUUGAAUAAUUAUUAUCAUUAAAUCACAGACUUGGUAAAGUGUGGCUCUCCGAGGGAAAUAAAGAAUGGGGAUUUUAUUUUGUCCUCGGGUCCUGGCAAACUGGUCGCUCUGUACUCGUGUUUCUAUGGCUUCAAGUUGAAAGGUGCUGCUGCAAUCACUUGUGAAGGAAAUCAGUGGAGUGAUCAACCCCCAGAGUGUACAGGUACAUUAUUAUUUUCUUAUGGACAUGUUUCAGAUGUUUGUUUGUAAUGAGUUCUUUGCCAUAUCUAUGGGUCUUUAUAUUAUAAGUAUAAUGUGAUACAGAGGGACAGGAAAUUAUGAUCAUAUUUUCCAAACCAACACUCGACAAGUACUUGUGUAGUGUUAAACUGACACGGAGUUUUCCACAGAUAAGUUUGUAACCAACCCUAUUAAGAAAUGUACAAAAGCUUAUUUGUAUGUUGUUGCUACAUUCUAUGAUGUCCUUGUUGCCUUCAACAUGAUCAUCAUAAAACAGGGUUAAAAUAUUCCAGUAAUGUAUAUUGUAUUUUGUGUUUUUCUCUGGCCUGGCUGUGUCUGGAGUAUAUGUGGUGUGUGUGUGUGUCGCCUAUCUUGUAUGUAAACUAGUUGUUCUAUCUCAUGCUCUGAAUUGGCUGCUCUGGCAGCCAAUUGGGGGCUUGCUCCCAUAGUACUUUUUCCUCAGUUAAGUUUUUGUGUCGUGAUAUUUCUACUUGUGUAGCCGUCUACUUUAACAACCCACUCACAUUACAUUAGCACAUACUUAACGAGUUCUUCGACAAUAAGAAACUGUUUUUAAAUGUUAACUCUAUGACACCCCAUCCAUCCAUAUUUUGUUUUUCUAUCCCAUCUGAUAUGGCAAUAAUACCUGAGAAAGCCUUAUGUAAUUAUGGAGGAAAUGUUUCAGUGGCUAAUGCUCUUAUGAGAUGAAAAAACAAUGAAGAUAAAAACACAACUAUUAGUACAAUAACUUGCAUGAAAACCAUGCUUCUGUUUCUUUUUACAGUGAACCAUCCUUAAGUGUUUGGCAUCUGGGAGAUCCUGAGACGUGUCAUGGUUUCAAAACCCUGCACUGAAAAACAUAGAAAUGUUUCAGGUAUUUGCUGAUUGGGAAUGUUGGCAUUUAAGACCAUGGAUACUAAUAAAUACUGAUAAUCUAUUUUCCACCUGUAAGACAUUGUUUGUUACAAUUCACUGAGGUUUACAGUUUUUUUAUGACAUUGGUGCUUUUGUUUAAUAAUCCAUUUUUCUUCUCCAUCCUCUUUCUGUCUACAUGCAUCAGUCUUAGCUCUGUCUAUCAGUCUCAUCUUUGUCCAUCUCUCUCUUUCUGUAUCUCCCUCCAUCCCCUCUCUAAACCCAGUGCAGUCACAGCAGAUGACUGUAUGCAUGAGUCUGAUUCUGCUCAAGGUUUCUGCCUGUUAUAAUGAAGUUUUUCCUCUCAACUGUAACCUGCUAAAUACCUCAAAGUGUUUAAGAUGGGAUGGGAGUGGGUAUGGUCUUACAUGAUGGGGCUUAAUUCUAUUUCACCUUUACAGUUAGUCUUUGUAAAUAGAGUCUGGUCUGUAUUUUGGUGAAGCAUCUUGGUAAAACACUGCUUGUGAAUUGGUGCUCUAUAAAUAAAAUUGGAUUGAUUGAUUGAAAUGAAUUCAAAAAGAAAUUAAGUCACACAUUGAUCAUGAUGGACUAUAGAAAUUGUGCUCUUUUUUUGAGUGUCAACAGCAAUUCCCAUGAAAUCAGAAAAUGUGGUAAACAAAGGGUUUUUUUCAGUCUAAUAAACAAUGAUAAGAUUCCAAUAUUAAA